AUGUCACAUCGAUCAGAGGCGCUGCAGCAGCAGCAGCGGCGGCAGAAGCAGCGGCGGAGACGGGCGCGGCCCAGCCACAGUUCACUCUGGGGUGCGCUAGCCACGGGCUCCUCUAGUGCUGUCCCCCUCCCCGGGUCCAGCGACUGGGCCCAGCCCAAACUGCUGAGGAAGAUGCCUUCCAGGACGGCCUCUUUGCUGCUGCUGGGCUCCUUGGUGCUGCUGUUCUGCGGUCCGGCCGUUGCCAUCCAGUUGCCCAAAGACUUGUGGAAACCACCCGAAUUCACAGAGCAGCCGGAAGAGGAGCAUAUUGUGUUCUCUAACGAUUACGUAUUGCUGAAAUGUGAGGCCACGGGGAACCCCCCUGUGACGUUCCGCUGGACCAAGGAUGGGAAAGAGUUUGAUCCGCAGAAGGAGGUAUGGGUGACCCAUCAGAACGAAUCCGGGACCCUGGAGAUCAUGACCAGCAACGGCGUUCUGGCGAGCAGGUUCCAGGGGAUCUAUCGGUGCUACGCCAGCAACUCCUUGGGCACUGCCAUGAGCACGGAGAGUCGCGUCGUGGUCGAGACGGCUCCCCAGUGGCCGAAGGAGAGCAUGGCCCCUUUCGAAGUGGAGGAAGGGGCUUCGGCCAUUUUACCAUGCAACCCGCCCCUCAGUGCCUUCACCCCCAAAAUCUACUGGCUAAACAGCAAGAUUAUCCACAUCAGACAGAACGACCGAGUCAACAUGGGUCAGGACGGGAACCUUUAUUUUGCCAACGUGCAGUUGUCCGACAACCGCCCAGACUACAUCUGCAAUGCCCACUUCCUCGGCCCCCGAGUAAUCAUGCAGCAGGAACCUAUAGAACUGAAAGUCAAACCUACCAACUCUAUCCUGAUGAGGAAGCCACGUCUCAUGCUGCCGGAGAAAAUGUCCAGCUCCUAUGUGGCUCUGCAGGGAAAGUCCUUUACGCUGGAGUGUAUCCCAGAGGGGCUCCCCACACCGACAGUGGAAUGGAUCUACAAGGACGGGCUGAUGCCCCUACACCGGGCGGUCCUCGAGAACUUCAACAGGACCCUGCGCAUUGAGAACGUGACCGAGGACGACGACGGCGAAUAUCAGUGCAUCGCCCGCAACACCCACGGCUACACGCAGCACACGUUCCACGUGGCUGUUGAAGCUGCUCCAUCAUGGUCCAAGCAGCCAGAGAGCCAUAUCUAUGGGCCGGGGGAGAACGUGCGCAUGCCUUGCGAGGCCGACGGGAAACCCAAGCCGGAGAUGGAGUGGAGAAUAAACGGGAUUCCUCUCAAAAAUCUGCCGCCGGACCCGAGGAGGAUGCUGCAACGGGGAGCCCUGAUCUUCAGCCAGGUGGAGCCCAACGAUACGGCGGUGAUCCAGUGCCAUGCCCACAACAAACAUGGCAGCCUCUUAGCCAACGCUUACAUCUACGUAGUCCGCCUCCCAGCACAGAUCCUGACCCCCGACAACAUGAGCUACAGCGUGGUGGAGAACCAAACGGCCUUUUUGCACUGCAAAACCUUUGGGGCGCCGGGGCCUACGGUGAAAUGGUUUACGGAAGACACGUCCCCUGCCCUCGAAAACGACCGGUCCUUCGAGUUCACAAACGGUACCCUGCAGCUGGAGCAAGUCCAGGGCAAGGACGCGGGGAGUUAUCAGUGCUUGGCGAAGAACGACCAGAACGAAGUCUCCAUCACCGCGCGUCUCAUUGUCAAAAGAGCCACCAGGAUUUUGGUGGGGCCUGCCAACAAGAAGAUGAUGAAAGGCACCAGCGUGACCUUCCACUGUGAGGCGUGGUUUGACGACUCCAUACUGAAGCAUGGAAUCAAAUGGCAACUAGAAGGACGGGACAUUAAGGAGUCAGACGACACCGACAAGUAUUUCAUCAGCAAUACCACCCUGACCAUCACCGACUUGGACUACUCUGAUCAAGGGUUGUACAGCUGUGUGGCUUGGACAUCUCUCGACUCUGUGAGGAAGAGCGCCAGGCUGUUGGUGGCUGGCUUGCCCGGUCCGGUGUUGGAUCUGGAAUUGUCAGAGCAGCAGGAACGCCAAGUGAAGUUGACGUGGACGCCGGGAGACGAUCACAACAGUCCUAUCCUGAAAUAUUAUGUGUUGUUUGAGGAGAGCAUCUUCGAUCCCGGCCAGUGGCACACUCUGACCCACGUGCCCGGCAACCAGCCGUGGGCCAAGCUCCGCCUCUCGCCGUAUGGGAAAUACCGCUUCCGCGUGCAGGCGGCCAACUCCUACGGGCGCGGUAAUCAAAGCGAAAGCUCGGAACUUUAUGAGACCAGCCCAGGAGCCCCUGACGUGAAUCCGUCUGGAGUAAAAGGGGAAGGAAAUGAGACCGAUAACAUGAUCAUCACCUGGAAGCCGCUGCCUCCCAUGGACUGGAACGCCCCGAAGGUCAAAUACCACGUGCAGUGGCGCCCGUUGGACGAACCACACUGGAACGAGGUUGAAGUUGCAGGACCCCCGGUGGUGGUGUCGGACACGCCGACCUUCUCCCCCUACCUGAUCAAGGUGCAGUCUCGCAACCAGUUUGGCCACGGACCCGAACCGGACGUCAUCAGGGGCUACUCAGGGGAAGAUGUGCCUGAGGCCACCCCGGAAAAUGUGGGAAUGGAAAUAAUCAACAUCACAACCAUCAACCUGUCCUGGAGUCUGCCUAACGUUGAGAAAAUCUGGGGCCACCUCAAGGGGUUCAAGGCUUAUUACACCUGGCUAAAGCCCAAGGGAGAGCACCGCUGUCCGCAGCCACCCCCCCACGGUCACCACCACCAGGAGAAAUGGGACCAGCUGAUUGACGGGAACGUGUCUCAGACCCUACUGGGGGUUUUCAUGCCCUGGACCCGGUACCAGAUUGAGAUGACUGUGCUCAACGGGAAGGGGGAGGGGCCCUUCAGCGAAGCCAUGGAAGUGACCAUGCCGGAAGGAGUGCCUAGCCCCCCGGAGGCUGUAACCAUGGAACUCCUCCCGAAUAUGACGGUGAGCAUUCAGUGGAGAUGCCCCAAAUACCCCAAUGGGAGAAUACUGAAAUAUGGAUUGAAAUACCAUCUAGCCAAUGAGACGGAAGGGGAUCUCCUCAUCGACAUCCCGGACAGUCAGCAUUCAUACUCCAUCAACGGCCUGGUGCCCAAUGCCGACUACAAAUUCUACUUGUGGGCAGCGACACAGGCGGGGCCGGGGGAGCCCUACGUCCUCGAGGGGAGUACAGUUCCAGAGUCAGUGCUGCUUUCCUUUGAGAACAUCACCAUUGCUGAAGUGGGGGAGAACUUCACCGUCAUCAGGUGGAUUCCACACACCAAACGACGCGACAUCGAGUUUUCAGUCCUUAUUAUGGACAAGACCGACGGAGAAAAGUGGCAAGACUUAGGGAAGGCGAGCUCUAGCACAGGCUUCUACAUUAUCUCGGACCUGCAGUCGGGGAAACAGUAUCGUAUCCAGUUUGUGAAAGAGCACCGUAACGGGACCAGCGAAACCUUCUGGGAGGAAGAGGUGGAAACCGACGGCAACGUCCACGAGAGUCGGAAGGGCUUCGCCACGGAAGGUUGGUUCAUCGGCUUUGUCAGCGCGAUCGUCCUCCUGAUCCUGGUGCUGGUCCUGCUCUGCUUCAUCAAACGCAGCAAGGGUGGCAAGUACUCGGUUAAGGACAAGGAAGACACGCAGGUGGACUCUGAGGCCAGGCCCAUGAAGGACGAGACCUUUGGGGAAUACAGCGAUAACGAAGAGAAGCCCUUCACGAGCAGCCAGCCCUCUUUGAAUGGCGACAUCAAAGCCCUCGGAAGCGACGACAGCUUGGCGGACUAUGGCGGAAGCGUGGACGUCCAGUUCAAUGAGGACGGCUCUUUCAUCGGCCAGUACAGUGGUCAGAAAGGCAAAGAAGGAGGAGGAAACGACAGCUCGGGCGCUACCAGCCCCACUAACGUGGUUGCUGCCCUGGAGUAAGAGGGGGCGUUUCCCAAAGGAUGCCCCCCCAAUCCUGGGGGGAAGAGGGUUUCCCUCUGGAUUAUUUGGGGGAGCAAAGAGGUACCCCCUCACCAAUGGAAACAAAACAAUUUCCUCAUUCAAAAAUUAUCUCCCUUAAAUGGAA